UACAAAAUGACUCCCGGCAGAAUAUAAACGUAGCUGAGAUUAACGUCGAUGAGAAGUCCGCGUUUGUUGUAUUUAUGAAUGUUGUAAUAACGUUGACUCAUAUUUUAGUCGGUGCGAUUGCGUUCAAUGCAAUAUUUUUCGCUAAUAUCUUUGAUUUCCGAAAUUCGUUUGAGCAACAUAUUUAUUUGUGUGUUAUUGGGUACAUCCUCUUGAUGAGCCAAGCUGUCCUCUCUAUCAAUCCAUACGCGAGUUGGGCGAAGGUCCUGAGCUAUGAGAACAAGAAGAUGAUCCACUGGUUGAUGCAGAUUUUAGGCUCAAUUCUAGCAAUAGCCGGCAGUAUUGUUAAACUGGCCGAUGUGGAUACCAACUUUCGAUCAGCUCACGGCAUUCUUGGUCUUGUGGCGAUGCUUUUUACCAUAACAAGUCUAAUCAGUGGUGUAAUCAACUUAUUUUCUAUGAACUUCAGUAAUAACAUUAAUAUGAUUAAAAUAGGACACUCUGUUUUAGGUGCAUUGGCACUUUGCACUGCUUAUUUAAGUCUCUGUUUUGCAUACCAUGAUGUAUAUAGAAUAGUUUAUGGAAAUAGCAACGCUAAUCUUUCGAUUAUCCUUACGGUGGUCACUUUAAUAGGGGUUUUGGCAUCGACUUGCAUAAAUACGGUUAGAAGAAUUCUUCCUUAAUUUAUAAGUUAGUUGUAAAGUGUGAUCACACCCUAAGAUAUCUAAAGGUUAAUACGUAUACUAAAUAUUUUGCGUAGUAUUCGCCGCGUUAUCCUGUCAGACGUGAAAUUUUAGAAUUCUAAGUUUGAAUGUGACCUUAUCAUUGAAGACAAUGUUCAUGUUUAAAUGCUGUUUCAGUAUUCGGCCGUUAUACUUUAUGAUGAUUUAUACGAUGAAAAAGAGUGGGAAAUUCGUUUUAUAUGAACCAUUGUUAUCUUUUAGAAUUGUAUAACAGCACUCUUUUAAUUUUUUGGUGUGAUUUUAGUACUUAUUUUAUUUUAUUUAUGUAUUU